AUGGCGGAUCUGCUCGCUCCCCUGGAAACCUUCUUAACGACUGCUCCUUCGGCGCUGUUGGUCAAGUCUGCGCAAAAGGUUCCUUCGGAGACUCCUGAGUUGUGCUUGGCUCUAGAGACAUCCUGUGAUGACACUGCCGCGGCUGUCGUUUCCAGCACAGGCGAAGUGAAGAGCAACUGCGUGUGGGGUCAGGGAGCUCUCAACGCCCUCUACGGGGGUGUCUGCCCAGCAGCAGCCGCCAGUCUCCACCGCUCUCGGAUACCUCUCGUUCUUCAGGAGGCUCUCGCGAAGGCAGAUGCGGAUACUUUGUCGCUGAGCUGCUUCGCGUUCACUGAGGGGCCAGGUCUUGCCCUUUGCCUCAGAGCUGCGGCAGAGGCAGCCGUGUGCUUCUCCCAGUCUCUCCGAGAGCUGCUGCUCCUCUCGAGGGCGGAGAAGCGUUCCCUCGACGAUCUGCUUGCCGCUGCGUACACGGAGAUCCUGGGGGAGUUGCAGGGAGGGCCUGCAGCCGAGCAUCCCUCCCUGAUGCACCCCCCUGAAGCGGCUUUCUCAGGGAGUCGUGAUAGACUAAUCCGGAUAGACGCGUCUUGGCACUUGCGGUGCGCAGUGCGUCGCCUUCUGCGGGGGGCCCCUAAGGCGUGCCUCCGUGGAUGCCGCUUGGAGCAGCAGCAGCAACAGCGCGCUGCUGUCGAGGUCGCUGUGAAGGCGAGGCUCGCUGCGGCAGCAGCACGCCGGAUGCCUUGCCUCAUCGGCGUGCACCACCUGCACGGGCAUGCGCUGAGUGCGAGUCUCCCGGGAGCCUCCGUCUUCCCCCUUACCUCCGCUUCUUCGAGAGGGGGCUCCUCCGGCACGCUCGAAGAAAGCCCCCCUCCGCCUUGUGGGGGGGAGUCUCCGACGGAAAGGCUGGAGGAGGCGGCUGCCGUUGCCGCAGCAACAGAAACGCCGCAAGCGGCCGAAGCAGACUCGGGAGCCGGCCGAUCCAGCAAGGCUUCCUCAUCAGACGUGUCUCCUUUGGAUCCCAUGUUGUGUCUACUGCUCUCCGGGGGGCACUCCCAGUUUUCGUUGCUCGUGAAGGCGGAGGCUCUCUCAGGAGAAGGCUUCCGAGCCGCCCAGUUCGGUGGAGAGCGGCGGCGUUCGCUUGGGGGGGGUCGGCGUUCUCCCUCCAAAGCUCCCAGCGGCGAAACUCUCUCACUCAGCCCUCCUGGCACACGAGGCUCUGCAGCGCGCACGCCGCGCGAAGCCUCGGCGCAGUCACAGUGCCACUUCUCCCUUCAGCCGCAGCUCGAAGUCUUCCCGCCGAAGGAGGGGCCCCCGGGGGGCCCCCAGGCACCGGAGGCCCCUGUGCCCGUGGGGGCCCCCCUGCCCCUCCGGUUGGUAACGCUUGGACGCUCGCUAGACGACGCGUUGGGGGAGGCCCUUGAUAAGACUGCACGCCUCCUCCAGAACCUCUCCACAGCACCCCAACAUGCCCCUCGGGAGCAACACCACCCCCACCCCCACCAGGCUGGAGGGGCUUACUUGGAGGAGCUUGCAGCAGCAGCUGACGAGGAAGGCUGGCAGGCUCGCAAAAUCCCGUCCUCUCACGCUGCACGGACACUCGACAUGAGCUUUUCUGGCUUGAAGGCGCAUCUCGCGAGGCAGCUGGAGUCCGUCAGGCCCCUUCAAGGCGCCCUCAGUCUAUCAGCGCAGCGCAGACUUGCUGCAUAUAUUCAACGCUGUCUCUUUGAGCCUGUCGGCGUCCGCCUCUCCCAGGCUCUUUGGCUUGCCGAGUUCAUUCCAGAAAUCAGAACUGUUGCUCUCGCUGGCGGAGUCGCUCGAAACAAGGCGCUGCAGCGGCUGGUGCUGGAGCGGCUGCAUCAGCGCGGCGACCUCCGCUUGCAGCAACGCGAAUUCGCAGCCUUAAAAAAGCGCCUCAUUCGACUCGUCGAAAGGCGGCCUAUCAGCCUUGUCAAGGCACCAGGGCUGGAAAAUGGAUCACCCCUCCCCACGGGCGGCGCAGACACGUUUAUCAGCUCAGAAAAGCAGCACCUUAAGGACCAGGAGCAGGAAGACUCUGUCAAGGCGCUGAUCAGAGAACGCGUGCGGCGAUUCCCCUUCGAGUCCUUCCUGGGCUUCCGUGUGCGUCUCUCUUCUUUUGUCUCGCUCUGUUGUAAUCUGCCACCAGAGAGUCACGCCUUUGACGCAAAGGUGCCCCUUCUGGUUCCUCGCGAACUCCUCUCCAGGAGAGCUUCUGAUUCAGCCUGGCUACGGGCAAAGGCAGCGAGGGCAGCAGCUGAAGAGGGACGCCUCGAGGAGGCAGGCUUUCCCUCUACAUGCCAGCAGUGCACCUUAGUGAUGCCAAGAGGUACUCAAGAGGUCAGCAGCGUGCCCAGUGGUCGCGAUUUCGUUUCCAGAAAUUCCCACCCCCUGCAAUGUGUCUCAGUUAUGUGGUGCUAUUGUGGGGCCUGCGGCAACAGCGGCAGGCAGAGCGCUGUUAGAGGUGUGGAACGAUUGGUUGUUCCCGCUGCUUCUCUGUGUAGCGACAACGCAGCCAUGAUUGGCUGGACUGCACUUCAGUACCGCGAAAUCCACAGGGAGGCACCCUUGGGGGAACCCCCCCACCAGGGGCAGCAGCGUGCUGAGCCUACUGGGGCCUGUGUUGGGGUGGGGGAAUCUCGCGCUGGGGUGACAGAAGAGGCGCAUGAAGCUUCUGAUACGCGGAAUAGAGAGGGGCCUCCGGGAUGCUUCGAGGUGCCCUUUGUUAAGCCAAAGUGGGACGGGGGCGGGCCCCUACCGCACCCCUUAGCAGCAAUGGAUCUGUUGCUAUUGCAUGCGUUGCUGCAGCAAGGUGUGAGCAGCCAUUCUUAG